ACACUGAGUAUUUAAAGAUAACAAUUUGAUUGGCAAUGCAAAGUGCUUGUCAAAGAUCAAGUGUAUGUUCUUAAAAUUGGUUUUGGAUCGUAUUCAAAUACAAUUGUUUCCAUUUUCAUAUUUUGACUUUUUUUCAUUUGAAUAAAACAAUCAAAUUGUGAUAAAUGGUGACAAUGGAUUCAAUAACACUAAUUGCCGAGUCACUGAAGCGUCAGGGUAUUGAAUAUGUAUUCGGUAUUGUGGGUAUUCCAAUUGUUGAACUGUCGAUGGCAAUGCAAGCGGCUGGUCUCAAAUACAUUGGCAUGCGAAAUGAGCAGUCGGCGUGUUAUGCAGCCCAGGCAAUUGGAUAUUUAACACAAAAACCAGGCGUGUGUCUAGUGGUUCCAGGUCCAGGUUUAUUGCAUUGUACGGGAGGAAUGGCAAAUGCUCAAAUCAACUGUUGGCCAUUGAUAGUGAUUGCCGGUUCAACAUUCCAGGAUCAUGAAGGGAUUGGUGGUUUUCAAGAGUAUCCACAAGUGGAUGCGGCACGUAUUUACUGUAAAUAUGCUGUUCGUCCGCCGACUGUUGCCUCCAUUCCAACACAUAUUGAGAAAGCGGUGCGUCUGGCAACAUAUGGACGACCGGGUGUAUCAUAUUUAGACUUUCCAGGCAAUGUUCUUCGAGCUACGGUUUCAAAUGAUGCCAUAUUCGAUGAGUAUACUCACCCAAAGCCGCCGUUGUGCUAUCCAGAUGCUGAGUCUGUACAAAAAGCCGUGGAAUUACUCAAAAAUGCAAAACGUCCUUUAGUUAUUGUUGGAAAAGGGGCAGCUUAUGCCCGAGCAGAAGAGCCGAUUCGACAGUUGAUCCAACAGACAAAUCUUCCGGUGUUAGCAACACCAAUGGGAAAAGGUGUCGUACCAGAUACAUGUGAUCAAAGCGUUGCUUCGGCACGUACAUUGGCUUUGCAGAAAGCCGAUGUUAUUCUUCUGCUGGGUGCUCGUUUGAAUUGGAUUUUACAUUUUGGCAGAGCGCCUCGAUAUGCCGCCGAUGUUAAAGUCAUUCAAGUCGAUGUCUGUCCAGAAGAGCUUCAUAACAGCAUCCAAAGUGCGGUAGCCAUACAAUCAGAUAUCUUACCUUUUGCCAACCAAUUGCUUAACAAAAUUGGAUAUUAUAGCUUUGGCAAAAACUCAGACUGGUGGAAAAUUUUAAAGCAAAAGUGUGACAUAAAUCGCAGAACAGUCGGUGAGAUGGCAUUAAGCAUAAGUGUGCCAUUGAAUUACUAUUCAGUUUUCCAUCACGUUCAUGAAAUUAUACCAAAAGAUGCGAUUAUCGUUAGCGAAGGAGCGAAUACAAUGGACAUUGGAAGAUCAAUGCUGCACAAUAUAUUACCAAGACAUCGUUUGGAUGCGGGAACAUUUGGAACAAUGGGCGUCGGACCGGGAUUUGCAAUUGCAGCUGCACUCUAUUGUCGUGACUAUUUCCCAAAGAAACGUGUCAUUUGUGUGGAAGGUGAUUCGGCAUUCGGUUUUUCCGGCAUGGAAGUAGAAACAAUGUAUCGGUAUAAACUUCCAAUUGUUAUUAUUAUUGUGAAUAACGGUGGCAUCUACAGCGGUCUCGAUGCAGAUACCUACAAAGACAUUCGCAGCGAAGGUGACUUGACACAAAUCACUCCACCAUCGGCUCUAACGGUUGAAACGCGAUAUGAUGAAAUGCUUCGCAUGUUUGGUCAUGCUGGUUAUUUUGUGAAAACCAUUCCGGAGCUUCGUCAGUCGUUAGCAGAUGCACUCAAGAUAACAGAUCGACCGACAAUAAUCAAUGUCAUCAUUGGACCAACAUCCGAUCGCAAGCAACAGACCUUCAAUUGGCUCACCGAGUCAAAGCUUUGAACUUAUUUUACCCACAUUCGCAUGUUUAUCAGGGAAAUUUCGUAUGGGGAUCGGUUUUUUUUUUUUAAAUUUACUUAUAGCAAUAACAAAAACUAUACCUUCGUUUUGGCAAACAAUAAAGACUUUUUUAAUCUUG